GAUCCCAAUUCCUACCUCUGGCAGCAAGAGUACAGAUUCCACGGAACCUUGUUUCGAAGCUACGAGGAGCUUGUUCGAGAUACCCCAAUGCUGUCACCAAUUGUGCUGAGAGAGAUCACCUAUUAUGACCUCCCUAAGGAUAUCGCGAACAAAUCCAACUGCACAAGAUCAGCUCAUCAUGGACUCGGAAGGUGCCCCAGAAUCUCAACAGGAGAGCUUAAUCUCUGGAAUAGGUAACCUGUCCAUAGAGACAGCCGCAGGCCAUUCUGAAGUCACGCAUCAGGCAAAUGGCGUGGCUCAUUCGUUGCCUGACUUAGAGGAGUCGGCUGCUCCCUACAAAGUGAUAUUGCAGACUGGCGACGUGAUCAUUGAAUACUUCGAUCCUGAAUCUGAUAUUGCGACACAAGCGGAGGCGCGCCAUCGUCGGUGGCGAGUCUCCAGCGAUGAUUUGGCACGAAAUAGUCCGUAUUUUCGGGCCCUUCUUGACCCGCAUAAAUUCUCCGAGGGUCGACAACUCAUGCAGCAGAAAAUGAUGCAUCAGAAGCUUUUGACUGAGGAAACGGUGAACACUGCGUCUUCCAAAAACCCGAAUGCAGAAGUGAGAAAUCUGCCUGUCGUGAUUCUCCCGAGCAAACAUGUCGCAUCGAGGCUUGGGUUGGAUGCCAUCAAAUUGUUUCUGGAGAUCCUGUCCUUCCACUCCUUUGAAGAGGAACAGAAGUGUUCAUUUGAUGCGGAACUAAAGUUUUCGCCUGUGUCUCUGAUCGCAAGACUACUGGAGCUAGCGGACGCCUUCAACUCCCCGCAUGUCGUCCGGGAAUCUCUCAAGAGAGCCGGUUACGCUUAUGGGAAGGGGAAAUAUCAACCCUCCAAAUUUGAUUCUUCUUUACUGAAGCUGAGUGAGGAUCGCAUCCGACAAACCAUCUUUGUAGCGCGGACCCUGGACGAGCCAGUCAUAUACAGAGUGAUGACCCAUGCCCUACUGGUUCUUGGCUCGAAAACUUGGGCAAACGGUGUCGAGCCUCCGGUUACUCCUACCCACCCCUGGCGCUUUCUGCCUAACGGUAUAGAAGAGGAGCUCUACUUCCGCCGACAAUGUGUUCUGAACACUAUUACCGACCUCCAAGCCUACUUCCUCCGGGUCUACGGCGCUUUAGAAGACCCCGAGCCCCCUAAACCUUUUGUCCCACGACAACCACUUGCACCAGCGAUCAACCAAGCGCGUCCCUUCCAAUGCCGCUACGGCUUUGGCAACUCCAGUGCCUGCGACGCCUUCCACCUAGGACAGAUGACCCGAUUCUUCUCUCUUCGCACGAAGACCAUCUUUCUCGGCUCGACCUUAAUUGAUCCUGAUUUCACCCUCGACUCAGACACCGACUCCACACCUGAACAAGCACCGGCACCUCCAUCAGAUAUAACAGCCAUCAUAGCUUCCCUCAAACAAUGUCCCGACUACCAAAUAGACCCAAACCACGUCGGCUGCGGCAUUCGCCGCCGCUUCCUCCCCCCACUGGAUUGCAUAGAACGCUUCGUCGGAGACGGACGAGGCCUCCUCGGAAUCGACUUCCACUCAUGGACCGGCCAGGAAUGGCCCUUUGCAACCCCGUCCUCAUGGGCUAACCGUACCCUUCCUCGCGCAAACGUCAUCGAUAUCCGUAUCUCUAAAUUGAGCGCUGUACAUGGAGGAAGCGGUGCUCGACUCUCAAUUACCUCUCAAGAAGAAAACGCCAGGUUACUGUUCACCGCGAAAAAGAGGAACUGGGAGGCUUAGCCCAGCCUCAUUCUAGGCUGAAGGUCAGCUUUGAGUCUAGCCUAGAGCUCUUGGCUUCCAAUUUGCGCGGCAUUCAAUUUUUCUACGUUCUGAGAGGGUUGGUUAUGUGUUCUCGCACGGGAUACAGAUAUGAGCUUUGUGGUUGUUUUGAUAUGUUGAUAUUUACCACCCGUAAUGGGAAAAUUUUGUGUAUGUAACCCAUGUGAUUUGGAUAGAGAACAUUUACUACCCACGUGA